CAAAACCCCUUAUCAGCUAUUACAUCCUAUAUUAAAAACUGCUACUUUGGCAUAAUUAGAUAGAUAGGGUAAGGGGUGUUUGUGCGGUGGUGCGGCUAUAGGGUGCAAAAAGCGGCUGAUGAACGCGCGGCGGCGCUUGAAUGGGCGGCGGCGCGGUGUGGUGCGGAGUGGUGCGGUGUGGUGUGGUGCGGCGCGGCGCGUUGCUGCGACGCCUGACGCGGCUGCGCGUCGACGACGCCUCCGCCAGUCCGCACACCGGCGGCUCCGCUGCCCCACGGUCGGCCGCACUCCGCUGAACAACAAUGCUCAAAAACACAACGUAACUAGACAGACCCAGCGGCGGCGCAGUCGGCGAUGCUCGAGGAUCGGACGGCACGCGUGGCCGUCGAGAAGCGGUCCUGAACAAAAUUUAAUUUAUGAAAACCAUAAAAGAAUUAAAUUUGAAGCUGACCGUAUUCGACGGAACGGUAUAGAGGGGUGUGCGGCGUAGGGAAGCGGGGGCCGGUGUCGCUGGUGUCGCGAGUGUCGCGGGUCGGGCGGGUGAUGGGGGGGCGCGGCGCGGGCUCGCGGCGCUGACAUGGCGGGCCGCCGGGCGCGCCGCUCGCUGCUGGCGGCGCCCGCGGGCCUGCUGCUACUGCUCGCUCUGCUCUGGCCGGGGGAGGUAAGCUGCGGCUAUCACGAGAAGCGGCUGCUGCACCAUCUGCUGGACCAUUACAACGUGCUGGAGCGACCCGUAGUCAACGAGAGCGAUCCACUCCAGCUCUCCUUCGGCCUCACGCUUAUGCAGAUCAUUGACGUGGAUGAAAAGAACCAGCUCUUAAUAACAAACAUCUGGCUCAAACUUGAAUGGAAUGACAUGAAUUUGAGAUGGAACACUUCGGACUUUGGCGGAGUCAAAGAUUUACGCGUUCCACCACAUAGAUUAUGGAAACCAGACGUGCUUAUGUACAACAGUGCAGACGAAGGUUUUGAUAGCACCUACCCUACAAAUGUAGUAGUGCGAAACAACGGCUCCUGUCUCUACGUACCGCCUGGAAUCUUUAAAAGCACUUGCAAAAUAGACAUAACCUGGUUUCCUUUUGACGACCAAAGAUGCGAAAUGAAGUUUGGGAGUUGGACAUACGAUGGUUAUCAACUGGAUCUUCAAUUGCAAGAUGAAGCCGGCGGAGAUAUAAGUAGUUUUGUUACAAACGGAGAAUGGGAACUUAUAGGAGUACCAGGAAAACGUAAUGAGAUCUACUACAACUGUUGCCCCGAGCCAUAUAUUGACAUAACCUUCGCAGUAGUUAUUCGGCGGAAGACUUUAUACUAUUUUUUCAAUCUUAUCGUGCCGUGUGUUCUUAUUGCUUCCAUGGCAUUGUUAGGGUUCACGUUGCCACCGGAUUCUGGUGAAAAACUCUCGUUAGGUGUUACAAUAUUGCUGUCUCUGACAGUAUUUUUGAACAUGGUAGCAGAGACGAUGCCAGCAACGUCAGAUGCAGUACCUCUACUAGGCACAUAUUUUAACUGCAUUAUGUUUAUGGUGGCAUCUUCUGUCGUAUCAACAAUUCUUAUCCUUAAUUACCAUCAUAGACAUGCGAAUACACACGAAAUGAGUGAUUGGAUUCGGUGCGUGUUUUUGUAUUGGCUACCUUGGAUUCUUCGAAUGUCGCGACCGGGUUCAGCGACUACUCCACCGCCAGCUCGCGCGCCUCCUCCCCCAGACUUGGAAUUGCGCGAGCGAUCUUCAAAGUCGCUAUUAGCCAAUGUGCUCGACAUCGAUGAUGACUUCCGGCAUACCCACGCGCAACAACCACCCUGCUGCCGAUACUACAGGUCCCUCGACGAUCUACACGAACACUACUCUCCAAGUGGUGAAGAAAAUGGCGCGGGUUUAGCGGCGCAUAGCUGUUUUGGUGUCGACUACGAACUCUCUUUGAUACUAAAAGAGCUUCGAGUCAUCACAGAUAAGAUGCGCACAGACGACGAAGAGGCGGACAUUUCGCGCGACUGGAAAUUCGCUGCCAUGGUCGUGGACAGACUGUGCCUUAUUAUCUUUACCCUGUUCACAAUCAUUGCCACGCUAGCCGUGCUACUGUCCGCACCACACAUCAUGGUGUCGUAGCGACCCGCCCGCUUGCGUCUGCGCAUGCGUAACGUUCUGUGAUACCGCGAAUAUAAAUUAAGUUGUGAUGUGUGAAGCGGUGCGGGUGUCGAAGCCGCGACGUUGGAGUUGCCGCCGCCUGCCUCGUCACCCACGCCCCCCUAUAGAAAUAAGUUACCGCUGACUGCCAACCUAAUGCAUUCCACCAAAGAACUGCCUAUCCAGUUUCUGUCUUCUUCUUCCUGGCCUCUCAUUCAGCGGCUCAAUCUAUGCUCUUCUAUAUACAUGACUGGUAUAUACUUAAUUUGAAAAGAAAACUGUACUUUAGUUUUCUUUCUCAAAUGGUGUCCCUUUGCUCAUGCUACAAUAUUGACACGCUAUAUAAAUAUUUUUUGACAGUACUUCCUAAUUUGCUAAAAUCAUAUAAUACUUGGUUUUUUAAAGACCAAAGGCACAGGUAACAUAUAUAUCAAAUCUAAUAUAGUCAAAUUAUCUGACUAAGAUUUACGACAGCUAUUUCAGUCGUAUUUAAACUUGUAGCACAAAGUCUUCCUUCUUACCGUUUAACGACCUGUCGCAUUGAAAAUUUAAACUUUGUUAUAUCUUUCUUAAAUCUUAAAAUGUUUGUACAAUUUAGAACUGGGGCAGGAAAGCAUUGGCCCUUCAUUUCCUUCUUGUUCGAUUCCGUGAAUCGUGGUUAUGGUCCCUAACUUUAUUUUCGGAUGUAUUUGUGUCAGUAGCUAGAAUAGAACUUUACAAACAAUGUUGAUUCAAUUGGUACAGGUUGUGAUAAGCCUCGUUGUGAACGGGUCGAUAUUGUUAUAAAUGGUAAAAUAUCCAAGCUAUAGCUUAAUAAAAUGAUCGUUAAAAGUUGUAGUAAAUUAAAAUAUUAUUUUAUUAAAUUCAUACUUGGGUCUUUCGGAGCAAAUUAUACAAAUAAAUAAACAUUACAUUGUGGUAAUUCAUACAUUAAAUCAUGAUCGAAUUUUGAAAUAUUGUUAGCUUUUUCAAUAAGUAUUUAAACCACAAAAGGUAAACAUACCUUUGAAAAUAUGACUUACAUGUUGGUUUUGAUUACCUGUUUUAUUGUUGGACAAACUAUGGUAUACUAUUAUUAUUAUGAAAACAGAUUAGGAAAACAUCCAUAUGUUAUUAAACAGUUCUGAUUUUACUGUAGAUCUUGAUUAGUUUUGUGACGGUUAUAACAAGCGACCCUCCAAAUACCAGUCUAAAUGGCAAUACUGUAAGUUUAUAUCAUGACAGGAAAACCAUUUACUGUCUUCGAAAAAGAAGUUUAUUUGUUUUAUACUUUUCCAUAUAGAAAACACUGUAACCCUCUUAAAAAGAAAACUAUAAAAGAAAAAGAGCUGCGCGGAUACACUCAUGAAUAGCGAGUCGACUGUACCCUCGCAGGCAAUCUUAAACUUAGUUUUCCUUUUUUUAGGCAAAAUGCUACUUAUUAAUCAUAGGCGCUUCUUUGGAAGUUGCGAAGCGAAUGUGAUUAUAAGCCGGUGUUUUCUAUCAUCCCUUUAUUUAUUUAUUGUUAUUAUAAUAAAAUCUCCGGAACCCUUACGGGUGUGGAGAGCCGCGCGGAGGAUAAGGCGCAUUAGGUCACCCAUUGUUGGGUAAACCUAUCUUUAUAUUGGAUAGGUUUGUAAUGCACCAAAUCCACGUCGGAGUUGGGACGAUGUUGGUCCACGUAAUUUGUUCAAUUGUUAGGGUUAAUACUCUGAAUUGCACUUUGUUUAUUAAAGAUAAAUAAAUGAAGAAA